UGAUGACGCACCCUCAAUGUCAAACACGGCAGGAAAUUUCUCAUUGACAUAACCGACCAUUGUUUUUAUCUGCUGAUGAAUGCUCCGUUUUUUUUGUUUUUUCGUUAAACGUCGUGUAGGUAAACUGUACACAUAAAGGUUAACGGUCUGAGGUUUGUGUCGCGUUAUUGCGGACUGUUGUAGGCGACAAGAUGCGCCUGACGCUGCAAGCGUGGAUCUCGCAUGGGCGGAUGGCCCGCAGGAUGGGCCUGGGCCCGGAGUCCAGGAUCCACAUGCUGCGGAACCUGCUGACGGGACUGGUCCGGCACGAGAGGAUCGAGACCACGGUGGGCCGGGCCGACGAGGUCCAAUUCUACGCCGAGAAGCUGAUUGAUUAUGCCAAAAAGGGAGACACCGAUGACAAGGCGAUGAAAAUGGCCAGUUUUUGGCUGACGGAAAAGGACCUGGUCCCAAAGCUCUUUAAGGUCCUCGCUCCUCGGUUUGAGGAACAUUCUAAAGGUUACACACGGAUGGCACGCCUUCCCAGCAGAGAGAACCUGGAUAGAGCCAAGAUGGCUGUCCUGGAGUACAAAGGCAACCCUUUCCCACCUCUCUAUCCUGUGAGAAAGGAGAAUGAACUGACUCUCAUCAACCAGCUGCUCAAAGGCUACAGAGAAGAAAGGGCGCAAGCGUUCGCUGCAAAAGCAUGAUUGUGAUGUUGGGAGACUUGUGAUGCUGCAGCUUGUGGCUUGAAGAGACUGAUGCAUUUUUUUCACCAACCCAUCAUUUGAAAAAGCUCAAGUGUCAUCUGAAGCUAAGGACAGUUCUGUUAAAGACAACAUUGAACUGAUUGUAUGUUAAUAAAUGUUAUAUCUUCAAACGAA